AGGCCCAACUCACCCCAAAGAUGAAUGGGCUCACCUGGAUCCAAACCCUAAACUCUGCUUCCUCGACUUUACUCUCCACUGAUCACUUUCCCCUUUCUAUCUUUGGAAAUGAAAUAGAAAAAUCAUUUUCCAAAUUUUCCUGUCAUUCGAGGGGUUUCUUCCAAUCCCCCCAUGAGAUUUCACUAUCUGAGGUGAAGAAUCAAAGACCCUGAAAAGGGUUUUCAGAGGCUUCUAUCAAAUCAAACAGUCCCGGUAGCUCCUCAAUUCCCAAAAAUGGGAGACGUUAAGAGAAAGCGAGGUCGCAAACCCAAGAACCCAGUGGCCGAGACCAUGGAUUUCCAGUACACCAAUCCCAGUCCCGUCUCCGCUUCAGCCGCCGCCGCCGCCGUUGACGACGGCGUGCCACCUGAACCCUCCGACCUCGACCCCCCAUCACGCCGCGGCCGCGGAAGGCCCCGAAAGGCCAGCAAGCACGCAGAAAACCCGGACCCGAAUUUGGGUGCGGCUUCGCCCACUAGAAAGAAGUCGAGAUUUGCCGAACAAAAUGGGGAUUGCACGGUUUCCGUUUCGAUUAAUGGAGACGCGAGACAUGCGGCGGUGGUGGCGGAGCCGCCGCCGAGGUGGGAGAGUGUGGUGAGGGUGGUGCCGUCGAUGGAUGCCGUGGUUAAGGUGUUCUGCGUCCAUACAGAGCCGAAUUUCUCGUUGCCGUGGCAGAGGAAGCGACAGUACAGUUCGAGUAGUAGUGGGUUUAUCAUUGGAGGGAGGAGGGUGUUGACGAAUGCGCAUUCGGUGGAGCAUCAUACUCAGGUUAAGCUUAAGAAGCGUGGUUCGGACACCAAGUAUUUGGCAACUGUGCUAGCUAUUGGAACUGAGUGCGAUAUUGCAAUGCUUACAGUUAGUGAUGAUGAGUUCUGGGAAGGUGUUUCACCAGUUGAGUUUGGAGAUUUGCCUGCACUCCAGGAUGCUGUUACAGUUGUUGGAUACCCAAUUGGUGGAGACACUAUCUCUGUGACAAGUGGUGUUGUGUCACGCAUGGAGAUACUAUCGUAUGUUCAUGGGUCCACCGAGCUUCUGGGACUGCAGAUAGAUGCUGCCAUAAAUUCUGGGAAUUCUGGUGGACCAGCCUUUAAUGAUAAGGGAAAAUGUGUGGGUAUUGCAUUCCAGUCCCUUAAACAUGAAGAUGUGGAGAAUAUUGGUUAUGUCAUACCAACACCUGUUAUCAUGCACUUCAUUAAAGAUUAUGAGAAGAAUGGGGCCUAUACAGGAUUCCCAAUUCUUGGUGUUGAGUGGCAGAAGAUGGAAAAUCCUGAUUUGCGCAUGUCAAUUGGGAUGGGACCUGAUCAGAAGGGUGUCCGUAUUAGAAGAAUUGAGCCUACAGCUCCUGAAUCUCAUGUUCUGAGGCCGUCUGAUGUUAUUCUUAGCUUUGAUGGGGUAAAUAUUGCUAAUGAUGGAACAGUUCCAUUCAGGCAUGGAGAGCGCAUAGGUUUUAGUUACCUUGUUUCUCAAAAAUAUACUGGGGAUCAUGCUCAAGUUAAAGUUCUGCGUGACUCAAAGACCCUUGAUUUCAGCAUAAAACUUGCAACUCACAAAAGGCUCAUCCCAGCUCAUAUCAAGGGCAGGCCUCCAUCUUAUUACAUAAUUGCCGGAUUCGUUUUUUCAGCUGUCUCUGUUCCCUAUCUUCGUUCUGAGUAUGGAAAAGAUUAUGAGUUUGAUGCUCCUGUUAAAUUGUUGGACAAGCAUCUGCAUGCAAUGGCACAAUCUAUAGAUGAACAGCUUGUUGUUGUUUCUCAGGUUCUUGUGGCUGACAUUAACAUUGGAUAUGAGGACAUUGUGAACACCCAGGUUCUUGCUUUUAAUGGUGAGCCUGUGAAGAAUUUGAAGGGCUUGGCCAGCAUGGUGGAGAAUUGUGAUGAAGAAUUUUUGAAGUUUGAUCUUGAAUACCAACAGAUAGUUGUGCUACAGACCAAGACUGCCAAGGCAGCAACUUUAGACAUUCUUACAACACAUUGUAUACCUUCAGCUAUGUCGGAGGACCUGAAGACUUAAGGAACAUUGUAGUGUCAGAUUUUUUCCAUCUCAACUUAUAUUGAUCCAGCCUUUCUGUUUUGGGGCACAACACAAUACAGUAUUUCCAUAUGUAGAUGAAGUUCAGGGAACUGGGGGAUUUGGGUUUACCCUGCAAGGUUGAAUGCAUCUCAGUGGGCAUAGAUAUUUUGUUUCAUUUUAUUUUAUGUGACAAGAAAAGUGGGAUGAUGUUAAGUUUGUUUCCAAUGCCCUUUCAUGUACCAUUUUUUGUUUGUGUUGAGGGGUGUGGUAGCUCAGAAACAUGUAAGAGGUGCUUUUGUAAAACUACUGGAAAAAAUUAGUCUCAAUUAGCAGGUUGAGAAGAAGAUGGUUUAGUGUUUCUGUGAGUGCUAGUAUUGUUGUAUACUUUUUAAAGAAUCUCUAUACUGGGUUUGUGGUGAAAAUGGAAAGGGCCUCAUUGUGCCUAUAAAUAACCUCCUUCUCCA